GGAUGAUUUUUUGCCUUGAAUCCCCACCAUGGCACGUCUCAGCGCUUUUGGUAGUUUGGUUUUCCUGAUCAGUGUUGUAGUCUUGCCUACUGGCGUUUUGUCGCUGUGGCCCGUCCCAAGAGCGCUCGACACAGGAUACACAGCUCUGAAACUCUCUCCAUAUUUUAACUUCGAGCUCGACGUCUCAAGCCCACCUUCAGAUCUAGUUCAAGCCGUAGAACAAGCAAAGUACUAUCUUAAGAAUGACAAGCUUGGGCGUCUCGUCGUUGGCCGGGGAUCGUCUGAUCAAUCCACUGUUGACCAAGCACAGAGCCUGUCGACGCUGACGCUGGCUCUCACUGAGGGUGCUGUUGUAGAAAGUAUCUCGACAGAAGCUGUAAAACCCCUCGGAACUCGAAGCGAAGAAUACAUACUUACCAUUCCGUCUGACGGCUCUGCUGCGUCCUUGACAGCAAACUCGACGUUGGGCCUUUACCGCGGUUUGACAACUUUUGGACAACUCUGGUACUACUACGAUGGAGUUAGCUACACCAUAGAGGCACCCAUUGCCAUCACCGACAGUCCUGCUUAUCCCUACCGAGGAUUCUGUCUCGAUACUGCCAGGAACUAUUAUCCCGUGUCAGAUUUGUUGCGCACCCUCGAUGCCAUGAGCUGGGUCAAGAUCAACACCUUCCACUGGCACGUCACUGACAGUCAGAGUUUCCCACUCGAGGUUGCCGAGUACCCAGAAUUGGCUACAUAUGGGGCUUACUCCCCAGAAGAAGUAUACACCGCCGAGGACGUCCAAUAUAUUGUUUCUUACGCUGGUGCACGUGGCAUCGAUGUUCUCUUGGAAAUUGAUACUCCCGGGCAUACUGCUAUCAUAGGUGCCUCGCACCCUGAAUACAUUGCCUGCUUUGAUGAAUCCCCAUGGGCUACUUUCGCCAACGAGCCGCCAGCUGGCCAACUUCGUCUUGCUUCACCCGAAGUCACCAACUUUACCGCCAACUUGAUUGGUUCUGUUGCAAAAACCUUACCUUCCUCCUUAUUCAGCACAGGUGGAGACGAGUUAAAUACUAAUUGCUACACCCAAGACUACAUAACCCAGCAGGAGCUUAAUAGUACUGGAAUGACAUUGAAUGACGCUCUCAACGUCUUUACACAAGCUACUCACAGUAUGCUGAUCUCUGAAGGAAAGACUCCUGUUGUUUGGGAAGAGAUGGUACUGGACUGGAAUUUGACGCUCUCUAACGAUACUGUUGUCAUGGUAUGGAUCUCUUCCGAUGACGCUGCAGCCGUUGCUGCGAAGAACUUCCGUAUGGUCCAUUCACCAUCAGAUUAUUUCUAUCUCGACUGUGGUGCAGGUGAAUGGAUCGGUGACGAUCCCAAUGGAAAUAGCUGGUGUGAUCCUUUCAAGACAUGGUCUCAUGCAUACACGUUCGAUCCUCUUGCCAACUUGACUGAAGCUCAGUAUGACCUCGUACUUGGGGGUCAGCAACUCUUAUGGUCCGAGCAGUCUGGCCCUCAGAACCUCGAUUCUAUUGUCUGGCCGCGUGCAGCAACCUCCUCCGAAAUUUUCUGGAGUGCAGCUCAGCCAGGCGGUGCAGCUCUCAACGUUACCGAAGCCCUUCCCCGUCUGCACGAUAUCAGGUACAGAAUGGUUCAGCGUGGUGUGAAUGCUAUCCAGUUGCAGCCCCAAUGGUGUGCUCUGCGUCCAGAUGCUUGUGACCUGUACGCAUGAGUACUCUCGCGAGUGAUGCACAAUGUUAUAGCUUGCUUGCUGUAUGCCGUGCGUCAGAUAGAGCUCCGUUGGGACUUUUCUUGGGUUAAUGAACAAUUCACGGACAUUCAUUUACGGUUGUCAUGAUGUUAUGACAUAUU